UCUGCAACAUUUUGGUAAUGGGGCAAGGGAAGGAGAUCAAACUUAUUUUGAUCCUGGUGCUCCACCACCCUUUAAGAUUGCAGAUAUCAGAGCAGCAAUUCCCAAGCAUUGCUGGGAGAAAAGCACACUGAGAUCUCUGAGUUAUGUUCUCAGGGAUGUCUCAGUGGUCACAGCAUUGGCUGCUGCAGCAAUUUCCUUCAAUAGCUGGUUCUUCUGGCCACUCUAUUGGCCUGUACAAGGCACAAUGUUUUGGGCCCUGUUUGUUCUUGGACAUGAUUGCGGGCAUGGAAGUUUUUCAAACAGUUCCAAGUUGAAUAGCUUUGUGGGCCACAUCUUGCACUCCUUGAUCCUUGUACCAUACAAUGGAUGGAGAAUCAGCCACAGGACUCACCACCAAAACCACGGCCAUGUUGAGAAGGAUGAAUCCUGGGUUCCGUUAACGGAGAAGGUUUACAAGAAUCUAGACAACAUGACAAGAAUGCUGAGAUACUCUUUUCCUUUUCCAAUCUUUGCAUAUCCCUUUUAUUUGUGGAACAGAAGCCCAGGGAAAGAAGGUUCUCAUUUCAACCCUUACAGCAACUUGUUCUCCCCUGGUGAGAGAAAAGGCGUGGUAACUUCGACCCUGUGUUGGGGCAUCGUGCUGUCUGUGCUUCUUUAUCUUUCCCUAACAAUAGGUCCAAUUUUCAUGCUCAAGCUCUAUGGGGUACCCUAUUUGAUCUUCGUCAUGUGGCUGGAUUUCGUCACCUACUUGCAUCAUCAUGGUUACACGCAUAAACUACCUUGGUACCGUGGCCAGGAAUGGAGCUAUCUAAGGGGUGGUCUUACAACAGUAGAUCGUGACUAUGGUUGGAUUAACAACGUUCACCAUGACAUUGGCACCCAUGUUAUCCAUCACCUUUUCCCUCAAAUUCCACAUUACCAUUUGGUGGAAGCGACUAAAUCAGCAAAAUCUGUGCUUGGAAAGUAUUAUCGUGAGCCUCAGAAAUCUGGGCCAUUGCCAUUUCAUCUAUUGAAGUACUUGCUACAAAGCAUAAGUCAGGAUCACUUCGUUAGCGACACUGGGGACAUUGUGUACUAUCAGACUGAUCCCAAGCAACACCAAGAUUCUUGGACCAAGUCCAAGUAAAAAAGUUUUGAUGCUACCAAAUUCAUCUAUUUCUCCCUAAAAUAUUUGCUAUGUAACUAAGAACAUAUAUGUGUUACCUACUCAAAUCAAUUGUUAGGUAACAUGCAUAAGCUUAAAUAAAAGCACUUACUUUGAAAAGCAUGCUAUGUUAGAAAUGAAAUGAAUCAGUUUCUCAAC